UUAAAAAAUUCCAAAAAAAAGGCUUUAUUUUGCAGUCUUGCUAUCCGCCGCCGCCGGCGACCACCGCAAAGACUGCCGCCGCCUCCAGCGCCGCCUCCUCGCAGGAACUGAGCAGGCUCCGUGCCGGUGACGGUGGCGAUGGCGAGGCACGAAGCGGCGCCCGGGGUGGACUUCCACCUGCCGGACGAGAUCCUGGCCGUGAUCCCCACCGACCCGUACGAGCAGCUCGACGUGGCGCGGAAGAUCACCUCCAUGGCCAUCGCCUCCCGCGUCUCCCGCCUCGAGGCCGACGUCGCGCGCCUCCGCCGCGACCUCGCCGACCGCGACCGCGCCGAGGCCGACCUCCGCGGCCGCCUCGCCGACUCCAACGCCCGCCUCCUCGCCGCCCUCGACGAGAACGCGAAGCUGGCGAAGGAGAGGGAGUCUCUCGCUUCGACUGCGAAGAAGAUGGCGAGGAACUUGGCGAAGUUGGAAGCAUUUAAGAAGCAGUUGAUGAAGUCAUUGAGUGAAGACAAUUUAUUACAAUUGCCAGAAACAGGUGAUGACCAUGAUUUAGAUACAGACAACAAUUUGACUGCUCGAGUUCCCUCUUGGAAAGCUGAAGUUUCAAGUAGCCGCAUAUCUGUAGAUACUUCCAGCAGAUCCACAAUGACUGAAUCAGCCCAGGGACACCAGUUCUCAAUCACAUCAUACACAGCUCCAAAACUAACUACAGGUUCAACACCUAUCAUUUCAUCUUCUGGUGGUUCCCCCCGAGCAUCCUCUCCAAAGUUCUUAUCUGGCCCGACAUCACCUACAAGAUCUCUAUCUGAAAGCCACUCAACCUUUUCAUCGUGGCAUGGAUCAACAAGCCAUCAGUAUUCAGCACCGACCUCUCCUCCUCAGCGCCGGUCGUUUGCAGGGCAGCCCCGUAUAGAUGGAAAGGAAUUUUUCCGGCAAGCACGGACACGACUUUCAUAUGAGCAAUUUGGAGCAUUUUUAGCUAAUAUCAAGGAAUUCAAUGCUCAGAAACAAUCGCGAGAGGACACUCUGUCGAAGGCAGAAGAGAUUUUUGGAACAGAGCACAAAGAUUUGUACAUUUCUUUCCAGAAUAUGCUUAACCGCAACCAUUCAUGAGUGUUUGUCACAGGCUUCAGUCUAUUUUUGUUUCUUAAACAAGCAGGAAGUAUGUAACUGUUCGAAAAUGGUCACUGUUCUUUCAUAGGCGUCAACAUCAAAUUGCCAGAAAUUUGUACAUCAACAUCCAAUUACCGGAUAUUUGUACAUAGAUCAUUAUAAUUUAAGCUCGCCAUCCUCAAUAACAUGAUGUAAAUGGACCCAGUCAUUCAUCCCAAAACAGGGACUUGGAAAACUGAGAUAUCAUAACGAUGGCAAGUUUUGGUCUGUGUAAUUAAGCGUACAUUCACAGUCCUUUGUUGUAGCACUUCCUGUCUUCUUGUAAAUUUCUUGAGGUGUCAUCCAUGCCGGAAGGCGUGUAAUAGUCAAAACUGCUCUGUGCAAACAUGUAUUGUCUUCACAAAGAGAUUAGGCAAUGGCAGAAUAUGUGCAAUUAUUAUUGAUCUCUAGUUUCUGAAAUGCGCUGAUUGCUAUUGCAGUUGUGAACUUGUGAUUUCUUUUAUGUGAAAUAU